UUCAAGUCAGAGAUACAUUGAAACUCGAAAAUACAGGGAAUAGAAGAAGGAGUAAUCAUUCUAGACACCAAUGUAAGUAUGGUGUGCACAAAUGCUCAUACCUGUGUUGUGGUCUUCUUCAUAUGUCUAGCGCCGUAUAAAUCAAACACAGCUUCUUUGAGCCCGGCAUCGGGAACAUUCAAGAUUUCUGACAGCAGUGUUCAUGGUAAAGGAACGUAUUACAUGUCGAACAGAUCGGCAGAGAUAGGACUAAAGCUGGUGAUAGGGUUGCCAACAUACACAUCAAAGGAUAAGGCCACUGCUAUCAUAACAUCACUUCCAUCAAGCAGAGUUAGUCCCUCGGGUUUACCAAUAAAGAGUGAACCAAAAAAUCCUAGAAACUUUCUAACUCCAGAAGACAAUCAGUUUAUAGAUGACAUGGUUGCCUUCCACAACGAGCUUCGCUCCGUGCACUUUUCGCCACCAGUUCAAAACAAUACGAACAUGUCUAUCGCAGCCAAGGGGUGGGCUUUGAAAUUGGCUGCCGAGAAAGAUCUUCGACAUGCAUCCAUCAAGGAGGGAAUGGGAAGAGGAGAAGGCGAGAACCUGGCCAUGGGAUGCAUAGAGGGUGAAGGAGAUGGAAUAACUGCAAGAGAAGCAAUUGCCAAAUGGUAUGAUGAGGCUUGCUGCCACAAUUUUUCAUUGCACACUUUCACUGAAGUCUCUUCGCAUUUUGCUCAGCUUGUAUGGAAAGCCACAGAAGAGAUUGGGGUUGGAAGAGCAUUUGGCACCAAGUGGGGAAUGAAAUGUACGUUUAUUGUAGCUCGCUAUAAACCGAAAAGCAACAACACAGUGGGCGUUAAAGAAAACUUAGAGAUUGGAACCUUUGACCCAGUAGCGUACAAUUGUAGUGCAGUGGAAUGCAAAGGAGACGCUGUAAGACAAGGAACACCGAUUCAGGAGAACUACCAACAAGAUAAAAAUGUGCCAUACCAAAAAGAAAAUCAGAGCGAGAAACAAAUACCAAGUAAUUUUGAUAAACAAAGUCUUCAUGGGCUAAGCAAAUUUGAAGGCGAUCAUCUUUCCCAUGAUUACGGCACAAUCCCUGGUUAUUACGCUAAGAGCCUGGAAAAUGUUGACAGAGGUCACGGAGUUAAUCAAUAUUUUUCAACGAUUCGCGACAAAGACAGACCCAGGGCAUCCAUCACUAGAGUUGAUAUGUCUAAGGACUCUUUCAUUAAAAUUUUGUAACCUAACAUGCACUCCCUCGCUAAGUCGAGGAUUGCUUAUUUUCUCCUGUUAUUUAAGACCAUUCCAAAAAGUAAUUUAAAUUCAUUAAAAAAACGUACAAACUCUCUUCAACAUCUAAGUCAUUAUACGACACCAGUUCAGUGCGAACCUGGUAUCAAAAAUACUUUAACAACAUUACGGGAUAACUACAUAAUUUGUGUCGAUUUUAGGAGAAAUGACGAGGAAAUUUGAGACAAAGAACGGUGCUUAAGUGAUAGGCUCUUUUGUGACAGAGGACUUGUCAAUUAAUCCAUUACUUUCAUUCAAGUUAAAUCUACACCUGAAUAUUGACUAGUUCUUUAAAUUCGUGAAAAUU